UUCUGUUCCUGGUUCUGCCACAUACUGUCUGUGGAACUGUGGGCACAUUGUGUAACCAACCUCUCUGAGCCUCAGUGUUUGCCUCUAAUUUUUUUUUUUAAUGGAGCAUCUGCACUGCCUACCUCACAGGGCGGUGUGAUUCAAUGUGAUGUACAGGUGGGAGUUCAAUGAAGCCAAUUCUAUACAAAUGUCAGGUGUUACUACUAACUUUAAAUCUAUAUGAUGGUGUCUGAUUCAUUGGUAGGGGGUAGUGGAGAGGUAUUUGGGUAUUUUGUCUGCUUAGUUCCUCAAGUAAUGUCACUGACACCCCCUGAUUCUCAGUCAGAUAGGAAGGGGAGGUUUAAGGGAGGGACUGAUUCUUGUUAGGAAGAUACUCACGCCUACCUUCCUCCUUGACAAAUUCCUGACUUUGGAAAAGCUUGUCCAUGGCUAUAAAUUCUACUCCUGCUCUUAUUUCCAAAAGUGUGGGACAGUGGCACAAGAACUCAAUUUGAGCUGCUCAGCUAAGGCCAGCCAGAUACCCUUUCCUACUUAGAAGCACUUUCGUGUGACCCUCUUCUGGGCCUCAGGCCUGUGAAGGGUUAAGCGAACCACACCCUCAGCAGGAACAGCCUCGGACUUUGUGCUGAGCAGCUGUCUCUGGCUUCUGGCUUGGCUGACACAAGGAGCCCUGGCUAGAGGAGGCAGCACAGAGGAAGGUCAGAAGAGUGGAAACGGGCAAGAGGAGGGCAGCUUCUUUCCUGGCCUCUCUGACACCAUGGACAGCUCCUGUUAACAAAGGCACCUCCACCUUUGGGGCAGCCAUCCUAUGCCCCCUUCCUUUUGAAUUGGGAUUUCAUCCACCAUUCUCCAAGGGACAGUGAAGUUACACCCUAGUUCCAGUGUUAGGAUCAAUAGCCCCUGUGGACAUGACUCUCCUGGAAAGUUCCAUAGGGGUAGAGGACCUUGUACUCCUGGAACCCCUGGAGCAAGAGUCUCUGCUCAAGAACCUCCAGCUGCGCUUUGAAAACAAAGAGAUUUACACCUACAUUGGGAACGUGUUGGUCUCCGUGAAUCCCUACCAACAGCUGCCCAUCUAUGGCCCAGAGUUCAUUGCCAAAUACCAGGACUGUACCUUCUAUGAGCUGAAGCCCCAUAUCUACGCACUGGCCAAUGUGGCGUACCAGUCGCUGAGGUUCCGGGACCGAGACCAGUGCAUCCUCAUCACAGGCGAGAGUGGAGCCGGGAAGACUGAGGCUAGUAAGCUGGUGAUGUCUUACGUGGCGGCCGUCUGCGGGAAAGGGGACCAGGUGAACUCUGUGAAGGAGCAACUGCUACACUCAAACCCAGUGCUGGAGGCUUUUGGCAAUGCCAAGACCAUUCGCAACAACAACUCCUCUCGAUUUGGAAAAUACAUGGAUAUUGAGUUUGACUUCAAAGGAUCCCCCCUCGGUGGUGUCAUCACAAACUAUCUGCUUGAGAAAUCCCGAGUGGUGAAGCAGCUCAAAGGAGAAAGAAACUUCCACAUCUUCUAUCAGCUACUGGCUGGAGCAGAUGCACAGCUGCUGAACACCCUGAAGCUCGAGCGGGACACAAGUGGCUAUGGCUAUUUGAACCAGGAAGUGUCCAGGGUGGAUGGCAUGGACGAUGCCUCCAACUUCAAGGCUGUGCAGUGUGCGAUGACUGUGAUCGGGUUCUCAGAGGAGGAGAUUCUAUGGGUGCUAGAGGUGACAGCCCUGGUGCUGAAGCUGGGGAAUGUGGAGCUGUCAGAUGAGUUCCAGGCCAAUGGGACACAAGCAAGUGGCAUCCGUGACGGGAGAGGUGUUCAGGAGAUUGGGGAAAUGAUGGGUUUGAAUUCAAAGGACCUAGAGAGAUCUUUGUGCUCAAGGACCGUGAAAACUGCUAAAGAAAAGGUGGUCACUGCACUGAAUGUCAUUCAGGCUCAGUAUGCUCGGGAUGCUCUGGCUAAGAACGUCUACAGCCGUCUCUUCAACUGGAUAGUGAAUCGGAUCAAUGAGAGUAUCAAGGUGGGCACCGGGGAGAAGAGGAAGGUAAUGGGGGUCCUGGAUAUCUAUGGCUUUGAAAUAUUAGAGGACAAUAGCUUUGAGCAGUUCGUGAUCAACUACUGCAAUGAGAAGCUACAGCAGGUGUUCAUAGAGCUAACGCUGAAAGAGGAACAAGAGGAAUACAAAAGAGAGGGCAUACCGUGGGAAAAGGUGGACUACUUUGAUAAUGGCAUUAUCUGUAACCUUAUUGAGCAUAAUCAGCGAGGUAUCCUGGCUAUGCUGGAUGAGGAGUGCCUGCGGCCUGGGGUGGUCAGUGAUUCCACCUUCCUAGCGAAGCUGAACCAGCUCUUCUCCAAGCAUGAUUACUACGAGAGCAAAGUCACCCAGAACGCCCAGCGCCAGUAUGACCACACCAUGGGUCUCAGCUGCUUCCGCAUCUGCCACUAUGCGGGCAAGGUGACAUAUAACGUGAAUGGCUUCAUCGACAAGAAUAAUGACCUACUCUUCCGGGACUUGUCCCAGGCCAUGUGGAAGGCCCAGCACCCCCUCCUUCGGUCCUUGUUCCCUGAGGGUGAUCCUAAGCAGGCCUCUCUCAAACGCCCCCCAACUGCUGGGGCCCAGUUUAAAAGUUCUGUGGCCAUCCUCAUGAAGAACCUAUAUUCCAAGAACCCCAACUACAUCAGGUGUAUAAAGCCCAAUGAGCAUCAGCAACGAGGUCAGUUCUCCCCGGAGUUGGUGGCAACCCAGGCUCGGUACCUGGGACUGCUGGAGAACGUGCGGGUGCGCCGGGCGGGCUAUGCCUUCCGCCAGCAGUACAAGUCCUUCCUGGAAAGGUACCGAUUGCUGAGCCGGAGCACUUGGCCUCACUGGAGCGGGGGAGACCGGGAGGGGGUCGAAAAGAUCAUGGGGGAACUGAACAUGUUGUCAGAGGAGGUGACCUUUGGGAAGACAAAGAUCUUCAUUAAAAGCCCCAAGACUCUUUUCUACCUGGAAGAGCAGAGGCGCUUUAGGAUCCAGCAGCUGGCCACACUCAUACAGAAGCUGUACCGAGGCUGGCGCUGCCGCACCCACUACCAGCAGAUGCGCAAGAGUCAGAUCCUCAUUUCCUCUUGGUUUCGGGGCAACAUGCAAAAGAAACGCUAUGGGAAGAUAAAGGCGUCAGUAUUGUUGAUCCAGGCUUUUGUGCGAGGGUGGAAGGCCCGCAAGGAUUAUCGAAAAUACUUCCGGUCAGGGGCUGCGCUCACCUUGGCAGAUUUCAUCUACAAGAGCAUAGUACAGAAAUUUCUACUGGGGCUGAAGAACAAUUUGCCAUCUACCAGUGUCUUGGACAAGAAGUGGCCAGCUGCCCCUUACAGGUGCUUCAGCACAGCUAACCAGGAGCUGCAGCGGCUCUUCCACCACUGCAGGUGCAAGAAAUUCCGGGAUCGGCUGUCUCCAAAGCAGGUAGAGAUCCUGAGGGAGAAGCUCUGUGCCAGCGAACUGUUCAAGGGCAAGAAGGCUGCGUACCCCCCGAGUGUUGCCAUUCCAUUUCGUGGUGACUACAUUGGGCUGCAGGGGAACCCCAAGCUGCAGAAGCUGACGAGCAAGGAGGAAGGGCCUGUUCUGGUGGCAGAGACUGUGAAGAAGGUCAACCGUGGCAAUGGCAAGACUUCCUCUCGAAUUCUACUCCUGACCAAGGGGCAUGUGAUUCUCACAGACUCCAAGAAGUCCCAGGCCAAAACUGUCAUUGGGCUAGAAAGUGUGGCCGGGGUAUCAGUCACCAGCUUCAAGGAUGGGCUUUUUUGCUUGCAUCUGAGUGAGAUAUCAUCAGUGGGUUCCAAGGGGGACUUCCUGUUGGUCAGUGAGCAUGUGGUUGAACUGCUGACCAAAAUGUAUCGAACCGUGCUGGACACCACACAGAGGCAGCUUCCAGUCACUGUGACCGAGCAGUUCUCAGUGAGGUUCAAGGAGAGCGAUGUGGCUGUCAAGGUCAUCCAGGGGCCUAAGGGUGAUGGGAAUGGCAAGCUAAACUGCAAGAAGAAGGGGAGUCAUAGCCUGGAAGUAACUGUUUAGUGAGGAGGUGGGGCCUGAUGCAGAGAUGGCAGU